AGAUUGAAAAUGGUGGAUGCUCAAACCAAGAAAACGCUAAGUGGAAUUCCUCUUCUAAAAACUAAGGCUGGGCCCCGGGACAAGGAUGCUUGGGUGAACCGGUUGAAGGAGGAGUACCAGUCCCUCAUCAAGUACGUCAGCACCAACAAGGAGGCGGACAAUGACUGGUUCAGGCUUGAGUCCAAUAAGGAGGGGACCCGUUGGUUCGGGAAAUGCUGGUAUUUCCAUGAUAAGCUGAAGUAUGAGUUCGAUGUUGAGUUUGAUAUUCCAGUAACGUAUCCAGAUACAGCUCCAGAGAUUGCACUACCGGAGCUGGACGGGAAAACGGCAAAGUUUUUUGUGGGACUUUUCAAACCUCUGUGGGGCAGAAAUGCCCCAAAAUUUGGUAUUGCCCACGCUAUGGCUCUAGGACUGGGACCCUGGUUAGCUGUAGAGAUACCAGAUCUUAUAGAGAAGGGGGUCAUCACUUACAAGGAAAAAACAACAUAAACAAACUAAAUCCAAUAUUUUACUCAUCAGAAUUCUAGAACGUUCCGUUGAGAUUGCAUCAAAACUGUAUUAUUGCUUCAUAUUUGUAUUUUUGUUAAAGUUAAUUAGAAACAAACCUAUUUUUAUAUAAUUUAUGAAUAAAGUGUUGAUCAAAAAAAUGUUUUUUAAAUCUC